GUAGCCAAAGUGUCUGUGUCCUGGUAAUGCUCAGGAAGGGAGAAGCCGGGGGAAGGGAGCGCGAGGGAGGAAUGAAUGGUGGUGCCUUGGUGGGUUCAUGUGGCGCCUGCUGUGGGGGGCGCUGAGGGCCCUUCCCGGCCUAAAAGCAGGGAGGCAGUGGCUGGGCUCUCGGGGGCCUCAUAGCACCGCCAUGGAGCGGGCCGUGGUGCGCUGCAUCCCGGCCGAGCCCAAGCUCAGCGUCUCGUUAGUCCUGGGAGACGGCAGCGCCCGGCAUAUGCAGCGGGACCAGGCGGAGCCUCUGGGCCGGGCACUGGCCCGCAUCGCCAACAACGCCGGCAAAGGCAACGCCAAGGCGGCCAAGAAGAGCAAGAAGGCGCGGGCCGAAAGUGGAGCGCCGCCGCCGCCACUCCCCGCCGUGUGCCUCUUCUCCCAGGACGGCCAAGCCGUGGCCGACGACGUGCCCAAUGCGGAGGCGUGGCAGGACGGGACGGUGCUGCAGAUCGGCGAGACCCGGUACCGCGUGGAGCGCAACCCGCCGGCCCUGACAGAGCUCCAGCUGCCGCGCUCGCUCCUAGCGGGCUUUCCGGUGUGCCCCAAGGUCCGCACCGAGUUCGGCUCCCCCGCUCAUUGCCUUUUCCGCUGGUACCAAGAGCAGAAAGUGGAGCUGGGAGUAGCUGCGGCAGCCGCUGCAACGGGCUGGGUGGAGACGCCGGGGGGCACUGAGCACGUCUUCAUGCCCAGCAACGCGCACGGCUUGCCGCGCGAAGUGGAGAGCGGUGGCCCCGUGGAGGCCGGCCCGGGCGCCUGCACCUUCGACGCGCGGCAUCUCUACACCAAGAAAGUAACCGGGCCGGGUCUCAUACGCACCGUUAGUUACAACAUCCUGGCCGACAUAUACGCCCAAACCGAGCUCUCCCGGACUGUGCUCUAUCCCUAUUGCGCUCCGUAUUCGCUGGAGCUCGACUACCGGCAAAACCUUCUCAAGAAGGAGCUGGCCGGUUAUAGUGCCGACAUCAUCUGCCUGCAGGAGGUGGACAAGUCGGUCUUCACGGACAGCCUGGGCCCUGCGCUUGAUGCAUUCGGCCUGGAAGGGCUCUUCAGGCUUAAGGAGAAGCAGCACGAGGGCCUGGCCACCUUCUAUCGAAGAGACAAGUUCAGCCUGCUCAGCCAGCAUGACAUUGCCUUAAACCAGGCCCUGCUGGAAGAUCCUUUACACAAAGAACUAAGAGACCAGUUGGCUCCCUAUCCUGAAGUGCAGGAAAAGGUGCAGCAGCGAUCAUCCGUCCUUCAGGUUUCAGUUCUUCAGUCUACAAGUGAUCCUUCCAGAAAGGUUUGUGUUGGCAACACCCACUUAUACUGGCACCCAAAAGGUGGAAACAUCCGUUUAAUCCAGGCUGCAGUAGCAUUGUCCCAUAUUAGGCAUAUAAUACACAAUGUGUAUCCUGCCACGCCGAUUAUUUUCUGUGGGGAUUUUAAUAGCACACCAUCGACUGGAAUGUAUAGUUUUGUCAGUAAUGGUAGUAUUGCUGAAGAUCAUGAGGACUGGGGCUCAAAUGGAGAAGAAAAGCCAUGCAGAAUAUCUCUGACCCAUCCACUUAGGCUUAAAAGUGCUUGUGGAGAACCUGCCUACACUAAUUAUGUUGGUGGCUUUCACGGAUGUUUGGACUACAUCUUCAUUGAUGCAAAUGCACUGGAGGUUGAACAAGUAAUUCCAUUGCCAAGUCAUGAAGAAGUAACCACUCACCAAGCUUUACCAAGUGUUUCACAUCCAUCAGAUCAUAUAGCACUAAUAUGUGAUUUGAAGUGGAAGUAGGCUAAAUUCUUGGCAUCUAUUCCUUACUCCGAAGCAAAAGAUUUUUUCAAUUUGGAAAUUUAGAAGAAUUCAGCUUGAAUUCUGGGUUAAAUAUCAAUUUUUACAAAAAAAAAUUAGAUUAAAACAUUCACAUGCAUUAUAUCAGAUUUUUCAGCUCCUUGUAACAUGUUGUGAUUAUACCCAGACUGCUCUUUUGAUUGUCCUUUUUUAUGCUGAUAAGCAAAGCGGUCGAUGUUUAAUGAUGAUUUAAACUGUAUUAUCCUUAUUUUUCGGGUGGUUUUUACAUGGUGAUUAAGAGCAUUUUUGUAGUCUAAUAUGAUUGGCCACAUAGCUCUUUUUAUACAAAUUGGUACAGUGAAGAGAAUUUUGGUAUUUUCAGUAAGUAGCGUGCCCACUCAGUCUGUUGUUACUUUUUGAGAAGGCACUCUGAUAAACUGCCCAACUGUUUACAUGUAAGCCACUACUAUAAACAAUCUACAUUAAAUUUCACAUUCCAAAAAACUGGCGACUGCCUUCUCUCAUGUUUUGCAGCUACUUAAUG